AUGGGAACUUGGAAGACAUUUUGGUUGAUCAUCUCCCUUGUAGCUGGUUUGGGCUUCGUCAAGUCACAGAAGAUUGUCUGCAGGGAGGCGUCUGUGGGAGACAUUGUGUUUCUGGUCCACAACAGCAUCAACCCCCAGUAUGCCAACAGUGUGCGGAACUUCAUGUAUACACUGGCCAACAGUUUGCAAGUUGGCAGAGAGAACAUCCGGGUGGGUCUGGCCCAGUAUGGCGAUGCACCUACUUCUGAGUUCCUGCUUUCGGCUUAUCACCGCAAAGGCGAUGUGUUGAAACACAUCCGUGGACUUCAGUUUAAGCCCGGAGGCAACAGGAUGGGCCAGGCUCUGCAGUUCAUCUUAGAGCAUCACUUCCGGGAAGGAGCUGGGAGCCGGGCAAGCCAAGGGGUGCCUCAGGUGGCCGUGGUGGUGAGCAGCGGUCUAGUAGAGGACCACAUUCGCGAACCUGCUGAGGCUCUCAGGAGAGCGGGAAUCUUGUUAUACGCUAUUGGGGUCAAAGACGCAUCUCAGGCUGAACUCAGGGAGGUUGCGAGUAGUCCCAAGGAUAACUUCACCUUUUUUGUUCCCAACUUCUCUGGCUUGCCUGGCCUCGCCCAGAAGCUGCGGCCAGAGCUUUGCAGUACUCUAGCGAAGGCAGCUCAAUAUACUGAGCGGGAGUCUCCAGCCUGCACAGAAGCAUCCCUGGCUGAUAUUGUGUUUUUAGUGGACAGUUCAACUAGCAUUGGACUCCAGAACUUCCAGAAAGUGAAGAAUUUCCUUCACUCUGUUGUCUCGGGGCUCGAUGUCAGAAGUGAUCAGGUGCAAGUGGGGCUGGUCCAGUACAGUGACAACAUCUACCCAGCCUUUCAGCUGAAGCAGUCCUCUCUGAAGAGCGCCGUCCUGGAAUGGAUCCGGAAUCUGCCCUACAGCAGGGGGGGCACAAAUACUGGAAGCGCCCUGGAGUUCAUCAGGGCCAACUCCUUGACUGAGAUGAGUGGCAGUCGUGCCAAGGAUGGGGUUCCUCAGAUAGUUGUCCUAGUGACAGAUGGGGAGUCCAGUGAUGAGGUCCAGGACGUGGCUGACCAGCUGAAAAGAGACGGGGUCUUUGUGUUUGUGGUAGGGAUCAAUAUUCAAGAUGUCCAAGAAUUGCAGAAAAUAGCCAGUGAACCAUUUGGGGAGUUUCUCUUCACCACAGAAAACUUCAGCAUCUUGCAGGCACUCUCAGGAACCCUCCUUCAGGCCCUGUGUUCCAUGGUGGAGAGGCAGAUGAAAAAGUCUACCAAGACCUACGCGGACAUGGUCUUUCUUAUUGACACCUCCCAGGGGACAUCACAGGCCAGUUUCCAGUGGAUGCAGAAUUUCAUCUCUAGAAUUAUUGGCAUCCUGGAGGUCGGCCAGGACAAAUACCGGAUUGGGCUGGCUCAGUAUAGCGAUCAAGGUCACACUGAGUUUUUGUUCAAUACCCACAAGACCGGGAAUGAGAUGGUCACACACAUCCAUGAGCACUUGGUGCUCCAAGGUGGCUCCAGGAAGACUGGCCAAGGCCUUCGGUUUCUUCAUUGGACUUUCUUCCAGGAGGCAGCAGGAAGCCGGCUCUUACAGGGUGUCCCUCAGUAUGCGGUAGUCAUUACCUCAGGGAAAUCUGAGGACGAGGUCGGAGAGGUGGCCCAGAUCCUGAGGAAGAGAGGCGUGGGCAUCAUGUCUGUGGGCUUGCAGGACUUUGACAGGGCAGAACUGGAGGGGAUAGGGCCUGUAGUGCUUGUGUCUGACCUGCAGGGAGAAGAUGGAGUCAGGCAGCUAAUGCAGGAUGUGAAUAUGUUCAUCCAGGGGAGUCCAAAGCCUCCACGGGUCAUGACCGACGUAGCGAGGGACGCUGUAGAAGAAUGUCCAACUCCCGUUCCAGCCGACCUGGUGUUCCUUGUUGAAGACUUUAGCAGUGCCGGGCAACCCAAUUUCCAGCGAGUUGUCCGUUUCUUGACGACCACUGUCCACUCUCUCAACAUCCACCCUGAUACCACAAGAGUCGGCUUGGUCUUUUACGAUGAGAAGCCACGGCUGGAGUUUUCCCUGGAUAUGCAUCAAAGAGCUGCCCAAGUCUCCCGCCAUCUGGACAGGUUAACUUUCCGAGCAAGAAGAGGAGGGGCGAAGGCAGGUGCUGCUUUAGAUUUCCUGAGGAGAGAAGUUUUCCUCCCAGAGAAGGGCAGCCGGCCCCAUCGGGGUGCACGGCAGAUAGCUGUGGUCAUCAUGGAAAGCCCUUCUCUAGACAAUGUGUCGACACCUGCUUCCCACCUCCGCAGGGCGGGGGUCACCAUCUAUGCGGUGGGCAUCCAGCCUGCCUCUGAGAGUAAGGACCUGGAGAAGAUUGUCACAUACCCUCCCUGGAAGCACGCCAUCCGCCUAGAGUCCUUUCUGCAACUCAGUGUUGUGGGAAACAAACUUAAAAAGAAGCUCUGCCCUGAGAUGUUGAGCGGAAUGCCUCCUCUGAUGAGCUAUAUUCCAGAAAGCACACGACAGAGCACACAGGAAGGCUGCGUGAGUGUGGAGAAGGCAGACAUUUAUUUCCUUAUUGAUGGAUCUGGCAGCAUCAGACCCAACGACUUCAUUGAAAUGAAGGACUUCAUGAAGGAGGUGAUAAAGAUGUUCCACAUUGGGCCCGACAGAGUACGAUUUGGAGUCAUUCAGUACUCAGACAGAAUUGUAAGCCAGUUUUUCCUCACCCAGUAUGCCAGCAUGGCAGGACUGAGCACAGCCAUUGACAACAUCCAGCAGGGGGGAGGUGGUACCACCACUGGUAAGGCCUUAAGCAAAAUGGUACCAGUCUUCGAAGACACUGCCAGAAUCGACGUUGCCCGAUACCUCAUUGUCAUCACUGAUGGAAAGUCUACAGACCCGGUGGCUGAGGCCGCACAGGGAUUGAGGGACAUCGGAGUCAAUAUUUAUGCCAUUGGAGUAAGGGAUGCUAAUACGACCGAGCUUGAGGAAAUAGCAAGCAAAAAGAUGUUUUUCAUAUAUGAGUUUGACUCCUUGAAAUCCAUCCACCAGGAAGUCAUUCGGGACAUCUGCUCCUCAGAGAACUGUAAGAGUCAGAAAGCUGACAUCAUCUUCUUGAUUGAUGGCUCAGAAUCCAUUGCUCCUAAAGACUUCGAAAAGAUGAAGGACUUCAUGGAGAGGAUGGUGAACCAGUCUAACAUCGGUGCUGAUGAAAUUCAGAUUGGCCUUCUGCAGUUCAGCUCCACUCCCCGGGAAGAAUUCAGGCUUAACCAGUACUUCUCCAAGGUGGACAUGUGCAGAGCCAUCUUGAAUGUCCAACAGAUGAGUGAUGGUACCUAUACUGGGAAAGCCUUGAAUUUCACUCUGCCCUUUUUUGACAGUUCAAGAGGAGGGAGACCCAGAGUUCAUCAGUAUUUGAUUGUGAUCACCGACGGGGUCUCCAAGGAUAAUGUAGCUCCCCCAGCCAAAGCCCUCAGGGACAGAAACAUAAUUAUUUUUGCUAUUGGGGUAGGAGAUGUUCAAAGAGCCCAGCUUUUGGAGAUCACCAAUGACCAGGACAAAGUAUACCAGGAGGAAAAUUUUGAGUCCCUGCAGAGCCUGGAAAAGGAAAUUCUUUAUGAGGUCUGUAGUUCCCAAGGAUGCAACAUAGAUCUGUCUGUAGGAGUUGAUACCUCAACCUCUUCAGAGCGAGUUCAGCAGGAACUUGGAAGGUUGCUGCCGGAGCUGAUGCAACAGCUGGCUUUUCUCUCUAACAUCAGCUGCGAGGCUCCUGGCCAGAUGGAGCCGAGGUUCCGUUAUGUGGUUCCAGGCUCCAGCGACCAGCCAGUCUUUGACUCUGGCUUUGAGAAAUACAGCGAUGAGACCAUCCAGAAGUUCUUGGUGCAUCAGGGUUCUGUGAACAACCAUAUGGAUGUAGACUUUCUGCAGUCCCUGGGAGAGACUGCCAUCCACCUGUCUCUUGCUAAAGUGAAGGUCCUUUUAGUGUUUACAGACGGACUUGAUGAAGACCUAGAAAGGCUGAGGAGAACCUCGGAGUUCCUUCGCAGCAGAGGGCUUUCCGGACUGCUGCUCAUCGGCCUGGGAGGUGCUCAUAAAUUAGAAGAGCUGCAGGAGCUGGAGUUUGGCAGAGGGUUUGCGUACAGGCAGCCUCUGAGCUCCAGUCUGCCGUCCCUCCCAAGCGUCUUACUGAAGCAACUCGACACAAUUGUGGAGAGGACAUGCUGUAACAUGUAUGCCAAGUGUUAUGGAGACGAUGGGGUCAGAGGUGAUCCCGGGAGUCGCGGGGAGGAGGGAGAGAGGGGUUUGGAUGGGCUCCCCGGCCAUCCUGGUGAAGAGGGAGACCACGGACAAAGAGGCCCCCGAGGUCUUCCUGGACUUCGAGGUGAGGAAGGAUGUCCAGGUGUGAGAGGACCUAAGGGAGCAAGAGGAUUUUCAGGAGAGAAGGGCAGCCCCGGUGAGGAAGGUGUUGGGGGCUUGGAUGGAGAACAGGGUGAUCGUGGAGCCGCAGGGUCAUCUGGAGAGAAAGGAAGCAGUGGCAGUCGGGGCUUGACAGGUCUGCCUGGACCAGCUGGACCUCGUGGGGAGCCUGGGCUGAGGGGAGAUCCGGGGGAUCCUGGAAUUGAUAAUUUCAUCCAAGGCCCCAAGGGAGAAAAGGGAAGGCGUGGACAUCAGGGAAGUCCUGGUUUCCAUGGACCUCUGGGGGAAGCCGGCAGUGUGGGACCUCGGGGGUCACUUGGAAGACACGGCUUGCCAGGGUUGAAGGGUGUGCUCGGAGAAACCGGCGAGCUGGGCUCCCGAGGAGAGCCUGGGCAUCCAGGCCCACAGGGACCCAGAGGAAGGCAAGGACCACCAGGAUUUUUCGGUCAAAAAGGGGAUCCGGGUACCCAGGGGAAUCCUGGGCCUCCAGGGCCAAGUGGCUCAAAAGGACCAGAUGGACCCAGAGGACUGAAGGGAGAACUCGGUCCCGCAGGACAAAGAGGCCCACAGGGUCAGCAAGGGCCAAGAGGGCAGCCUGGUCUUUCUGGUCCAGAUGGCCACGGUCACCCGGGAAGAAAAGGCAGGAAGGGUGAACCUGGAUUCCCUGGCUAUCCUGGUGUGCAAGGAGAAGAUGGUAACCCGGGCCGUGGAGGAGAGAAGGGGACCAAGGGAAUCCGAGGGAAGAGGGGCAAUUCUGGAUUUCCUGGGCUUGCUGGAACUCCAGGUGACCAAGGCCCACCAGGAAAAAUGGGCAUCAAGGGCUCAAAAGGCUUGGCAGAUAGGAUGCCUUGUGAAAUUGUUGACUUCGUGCGAGGAAACUGCCCUUGCUCCACAGGUAUUUCCAGGUGCCCAGCAUUCCCAACGGAAGUGGUCUUUGCCUUAGACAUGUCCAACGAUGUUUCCCCGUCAGACUUUGAGAGGAUGAGAAACAUUUUAUUAUCUCUGUUGAUGAAGUUGGAAAUGAGCGAGAGCAACUGUCCCAUUGGUGCCCGAGUGGCCAUUGUUUCCUAUAACACGAGGACAGAUUACCUAGUGCGCUUCUCAGACCAUCGGGGAAAAGCUGUCCUUCUGCAGGCUGUCAGGAAAAUCCCUCUGGAACGCUCAUCUGGGUCCCGGAACCUUGGGGCCACCAUGAGGUUUGUGGCUAGGCACGUAUUCAAACGUGUACGCUCAGGCCUUCUGGUGAGGAAGGUGGCUGUGUUCUUCCAGGCGGGUAGGAACUAUGACACAACCUCUGUCAGCACAGCCACGCUGGAGCUCCAUGCUGCGGACAUUGCUACAGCAGUUGUGACCUUCACAGAGGAGCACAACCUCCCAGAGGCAGGGCUGGUGGAUGGACCCAACGAAUUUCACUUGUUUACGUGGGAGACCGAGGUCCAGCAGGAUGUGGAACGCCUGGCCAGCUGUACUCUCUGCUAUGACAAGUGCCGACCAGCCCCAGGGUGCCAGCUGCAUGCUCCCCGGCCUCAGACGUUGGACAUGGACUUGGUGUUCCUGGUGGACAGCUCCCAGGGUGUCAGCAGGGACAUAUACCUUGGGGCUUUGCGGCUAGUAGAUUCAGUGCUCAAGGACCUAGAGGUGGCUGCGCAGCCUGGCACAUCCUGGCACGGGGCGCGUGCAGCCCUGUUGACACACACAACCCCAGGCUUUUGGCCUGGUGUGGAUCAAGCCCCCGUGCUUGAGUACUUCCACCUGACCUCCCACGGCCACCGGACACAAAUGCAAAGGCAGAUUCGGGAGGCUGCAAGUGGCCUGCUACAGGGAGGCCCCGCCCUAGGCCACGCCCUGGAGUGGACGCUGGAAAACGUGCUUCUGACAGCCGUGCUGCCUCGGAGGUCACGGGUCCUCUAUGCCAUCGUGGCCAGCGAGACAAGCAACUGGGACAGAGAGAAGCUAAGGGCUCUGUCCCAGGAGGCCAAGUGCAAAGGCAUCGCACUAUUCGUGCUCGUCGUGGGCCCUGGAGUGGGUGCCCAGGAGCUGGCUGAGCUGGCCAGAGUGGCCAGUGCGCCCUCGGAGCAGCACCUGCUACGCCUAGAUGGUGUCUCAGAGGCAGAGGUAGCCUAUGCCAGCAGAUUCACGGAGGCCUUCCUGAACCUUCUAAAUAGUGGAAUAAACCAGUAUCCACCCCCUGAGCUCGUUAAGGACUGUGGAGGCCCAAACCGUGGGGACACCUUGCUGCGUUUCUUCACUUCUGCCAAGAGGUUGUCCAGGAGUCAGUCUGGCACAUCUGCUGCCUUUGCAAAUGACUCAGAAGCGCUCAAGUCACCAGGCAUCUUUCUAGAGGCGAGGAAAAGCAGGGUGGCGUCCGUAGCUCUGCAAGAAGCGCUGGGAAGUCAUGGGAAGGACAGGGCAGACACUGAAGACAUUGAUCAGAAAACAGCAGCAAAAUGA